GAAUCAGUUGCGGUGUGAAAAGUCGAGUGGCAACAUGUGGAGUUUUUUGUGUCUAGUGUUCGUUAUUUUCAGAGUGGGAUCUGCAGAUUUGGAUAGUCCUUGCGUUCACCAGCUGACCACACCACUAGGUCUAUCAGAAGGACCUCACUGGGACAGUCGAAAAAAUGUAUUAUUCUUUGUUAGUAUUGAAAAAGGAGAAGUCUAUGCCUACCAUUAUAAUUCAAAAAUAUUAAACAAGAUUCGACUUGAUGGCACAGCAUCGCCAGUUGUUCCUUCCCGAAAAGAUCCUAAUCUCCUAAUAGUAGGUGUCAAUAGGUCUGUGGUAGCAGUCGAAUGGGACGGAAAAAAUAAUCUUGGAGGCCAGCAAGUCCUUACUACUCUAAGUCAACAAUUCCCAGAAAGCAGGUUGAAUGAUGGAAAAGCUGACAAACAAGGAAGAUUGUGGUGGGGAACAAUGGCAUCUGAGGGACAAGGCCUCUUCUACACGAUUACCAAGAAAAAUUUGAACAACCCUAAAAUAGCAGUGCAGUCCGUGACAACGAGUAACGGUUUAGCAUGGAACAAAGCAAACAACAAAUUAUACUACAUUGAUACACCUACACUAAAAGUUGUGUCGUUUGACUAUGAUGACAAAAACGGCACAAUUUCUUCUACGAAUAAGACUGUUUUUGAUCUAAGCUCAACUAAUAAUGUUACAGGUUAUCCCGAUGGAAUGACAAUCGAUACGGAGGACAAUCUUUACAUUGCCUUGUACGGAGGCGGUUCAGUAAUUAAAGUUAAUCCGGCAACGGGAAAACUAUUAAAGGUCAUAGCUAUUCCAGCUAGAGACAUAUCAUCUGUAACAUGGGGUGGUCCAAAUCUGGAUAUACUAUUCGUCACUACUUCUGAUAUAAGCUUAUCUCCUUCUGAAAAAAUUCAGUACCCAGCUGCAGGAAGUGUAUUUGCUGUUACUGGUUUAAACGCCAGAGGGUUUGAAGCUUACACUGCAGAUAUUUUGUGACAAAUAACCCAAAAAGAAGAAGUAUGGAAUACACAAAAAGAAUACAUAUCGUAAUCUUUGCCUUAAUUCAAUUUUUAUGUUUUUAAAUUGUGAUUUAUUUAUUGUUACAAAAAAAAUGUACAAAAAAAUGUAUUAAAUAAUAAAUAAAUAUCUUUUAGUAAGGGG